AUGGCCCCCGGACUUGUGGAAGCUACUGGCUCACAGACUCUGUCGCGCCCCGUCAAGCUCUCUGUAUUCCCAGAUGGGUUCAAAACAUCUGGCCAGCACCCCCAGUUGUGGAAACCUGAAGAUUAUCGCGAGUAUCCUGAACUUUGGACUCAUCGCUUCACCGCAGAUGAGGUUGCGGAGAUCAGCCAUGCUACAGAUCAGUUCAUCCAGGGUGGAGCUCCUUUGACUGGAAUAUCAAAGGCCAAUUUCCCUUUGCCCAAUUUGUCCGGGCGGCUGGAAGCGCUUCGACAAGACCUGAUUAAUGGCAAAGGAUUCUUCCUUUUUAGAGGACUCCCUGUACAGGAGUGGGAUCUUCAGAAGUGUGCAACAGCGUAUAUGGGCCUUGGCACAUACUUAGGCUACUUUGUCAGUCAAAACGGCCGAGGGCAUGUCCUUGGCCAUGUCAAGGAUUUAGGAGAAGAUCCGACCAAAACUGACAGAGUUCGAAUCUAUCGAACAAAUGCUCGUCAAUACUUUCACACGGAUGGAGCCGAUCUUGUUGGCCUCCUUUGUAUCGCCAAAUCUCUGUCUGGCGGGGAGUCAGACAUUGCCUCCACGCAUCAUGUAUUCAACGUACUACAGGAGAGAUAUCCUGAUGUGGUACGAACACUAUGUGAGCCCAACUGGUAUUUUGAUCGGAAGGGCGAAACAUCCGAAGGCGAAGAAGAGUGGAUUCGAGGGAGCAUCCUUUACCUCGAAAACGACACCAGCAGCCCCAGCCCACGAGUCUACGCAAGGUUCGAUCCUAUGAACGUGACAUCAUUAGCACGUUUCAACUCAGGGCCUGGUGCAUGCAUACCCCCUUUGUCAGACAGACAGAAACAUGCCCUAGAGGUAUUUGAGAAGACCUGCGCUGAGCUGUCCCUACACAUGAUUCUAGCUCCAGGUGAUAUUCAAUUCUUGAGUAAUACACAUGUCUUCCAUGCACGAACUGCCUACACCGAUCAUCCACCUGGGGCGGUUGAUGGGAAUGGUCGGCCUGCCCGACGACGGCAUUUGAUGCGACUUUGGCUUUCGGCUCCGGAAUCAGAAGGAGGGUGGAAACUCCCAUACCACGAUACUUUGGAGAAGAAGCGCGGAGGUAUCCAGGUUAAUGACACUCCUCCUGUCUGUCCCUUGGACGCGGAGUGA